UGUGCGGCAGCUAUCAACACAACUAUGGAUCUUCCAUUUGUUCUGGGCUUCAAGUGAUAUGACACUAUUUUGUUGUCUCCCGUCCCCUGACACACCACAAACAAUGGCUUGCUCUUGGGAAAAGCGUAUGGCUGAAAAUCUCACCAAUGCUGAUCACAUGCGUGACAUGAGGAAGAGAAUAGACGCGGAACAUAAGGAGAGAUUGCGCACGCGCGAACGGGACAGGGAAGAUGCUGAGGUAAGGCGAGCGGCUCGAAAAGUCAAGACGACCCCCUCCACGUCUGACAAGUUCAAGACCAGAAGUUAUGACAGACCCUGGGCUGUGGGAAAACCAGAGACCAGAAAGACACUAUCCAGCACAUCAGAUAGCAGUAAUUCAUCCAGCAGAAACUCAGGAUCAAGGUUGCCAGACAUAACGAGAAGAGCCCCGAGGCAGUCUUCAGAGCUGAGGGCACCUCAAACAACAAAGCAACAUAGACACAACAAGCACUCCGGGAAUACAUGUUUGAGUAAGGAGGAUUCCCUGUCAGCUCACAAUAACAAGUGCGUGAGAGCAAAGGGUAGAACACCAUUAGCGCUUGGUAGUUCGGCCCGUUACCAAGAAGACCACUUUCAGUACGCCUCAAACGAGGCGGAAACCUCUUCCCGUGCAUUCGGUCAGAUCAAACCUCCCUCGACCCACAGCAGAGCGCCUCCUCACAUGCUUCUCAACGAGCACUUGACCCGGGCCUGGCCUCGCCUGCCUUCACUCGGGUCCAGCUUCUCUUGGACGUCGUCCGAGUCGUCCGACACCAGCCGGCAGAGCUUCUCAAACAUCUGGGACUUGUCCGACAGCAGCAGUAGCAGCGGCGGCAGCACCAUUCGGGAGGAGGAGGAGGAGGAGGAGGAGGAGGAAGAGGAGACGGAUGACAGCAGUGGGCCCGAUCGUCGCCACAGCAUCAGCAGCAGCAUCUUCUCUGCCUGCAGCGUCUCCACGGACUCCUGCCUGUCCUCCAAUCAGCUGACAGAGUCGCCUCUGAGCACCCCGUUCUCCUUCAGCAGCAGCAGCAGCAGUUCCACCUCCAUGUCCCGUAGGGGCCCGGCGUUGGACCUCUCCCCCAGAACGAGGGCCUCAUCUCUGGACGCGUUCCUCAGGGAACCCCCCUGCCUGGAGCCCAUCACAUCCGAGUCGGAGGACGAGGAGGACCUGGAGGAGGAGCUGAGCACCUGGCAGGCUGGGCAUCUGGGGCGAGGUGCGGGGGUGGUGAGGUGGAGAGGCCCCCUGUCUCGGCCCUAUCUCGUCCCGUUAGCGCCGGCGUCCGCGGCGUCAGUCGUCUCUUCUCGCGGAGCCGUCGACGACGAGCCUACGAGCCGGGACGCGGGCCCUCGUGGAGCGCCGGCGAGAAGAACCCUCGACGCAGACGCGUACGCCGCCAUGCCGAUGCUGGAGCCCAUCCCCGAAGUCAGCCUCGCCGCCAACGACACCCCGGCAUUCGCCUCCGCCACCAGGAACAACUUCUCGUCACAUCUGGACCCACUCGUCAGCAGCGGCGGCAGAAGGCCCAUCAGCCUCGAGCUCGUCCCCAGGAACGAGCCUCCCUGGCUGGGUCGGCUGAGCACACCCGGGGCCUCCCCUCUCCAGGCUGGCGGUGCCCAGGGCGGAGACGGCGACGGCAGCAGCAGCAGCAGCGUAGAGGGCACAGAGAGCGGCACGCCAUCCCCGCCGGCGCCACGCAGGGUGGCAUCGCACAUGGAGGCGCUGGCCAUCAUGGACCAGCUGAGCAUGGCGCUGGUGGCCAUGCGGGAGAUGCGGCACGAGCUCCAGGGCAUCCACAGGGUCGACGGGCACGAGCUUCAGGGCAUCCACAGGGUCGACGGGCACGGGAGUAACAGUGGGAAUGACUCUGGGAAUAACAGUGGGAAUAGCUCUGGGAAUGACAGUGGGAAUAGCUCUGGGAAUGGGCAUGAUGAAAACCAGGGGGGUAGCGCCAGUGCAGAUGGAAACACAGCUAGCGCUCCAGAGGCCAGACCACAAGCCGACCCGGAAACACUACGCAGGAUAACGCAGAGUUUGCUGGAGGAGUCUGACGAGGAGGAGGAGGGGGACCAGUGCCGUAUCUGCCAGUGUGGGGCCGGCUCCCUCACCAACCCCCUGCUCUCCCCCUGCCAGUGCUCCGGCAGCCUGCAGUACAUCCACCACGACUGCCUCAAGAAGUGGAUAGAGACCAAGAUAGAGUCAGGUGCCUACAUGCCCGCGGUGACAACCUGUGAGUUGUGUAAGGGGACUCUGAAACUGGACCUGAACGACUUUGAUCUGGACGAGUGUUUCCGUCAGAAUGCACAAGUGCAGAGGGGCCGUGGCAGCCCAGACCUGCACCUGCUGCUGCUGCUCCAGGAGCGCUUCUCUGGCCUCAUGAUGGCCAUCCAGGCUCACAACACCGCCGUCGCUCAGGACUUGCGUCAGAGGAGGGAGCGCGGCUCUGAUGUGGACAGGACCGCGGGGCAGGGACGAGGACGAGGACGAGGACCACUCGCGUUCGCCUCCAGGGGCUGGACGUCAUCAGACUCAGAGUCCCAGUCUCCUCGCUGAGGUGUGAGGAUAAAGCUAUUAAAAAUGAGUUUGGUAUCUUU